AUGAACAACUCAGCCAAGCAUGACGCUGAUGCUCGCGUGCCAAGUCCAGCUCACCUAGCUGCUGUAUUCAACCUUUUUGGAGGAUCAACCAUGGCUUUGAGGGGUAAACAAAGAACGUUUCUCAGUAAACAUGUUCUCUUCCUCAUUCUCUCUCGCAUUUCCUUGCUUCCGUUUACUACUAUCCAAAGGAGGACCGAUCCGUAUAUUUACUCAAUGUUUGUUUUGCCAGCCACUUGA